CUGUCACGUCACUCUGGGAAUUGAGCAGGAGUGGGAGGGAUCGGGGCGGGAUGGAGGCCCCGCGCCUCUAGGUUGCCUAGACAACAUGAGAAAUCAAGGCCAGGGCCUCUUCCGCCCGCCGGGCCCCGGCUUCCUGCAUCAGUCACUCCCGCUGGGGGCGGGGCGGAGGAGGGGAUUGGAUGUGGCGGAGCGAGGCCCCCGCCCGAGCUCAGACUCCCACCCAUUGUCACCGCGGGCCCCAGCCAUGGCAUCCUAUCCAUCUGGUUCUGGCAAGCCCAAGGCCAAAUAUCCCUUUAAGAAGCGGGCCAGCCUGCAAGCCUCCGCAGCGGCACCAGACGCCCGAACUGGGCUGGGGGCCCCUCAGCUGCAGUCUGCCCGAUCCCUGCCAGGACCUGCCCCCUGCCUCAAGCACUUUCCGCUCGACCUCCGUACAUCUAUGGAUGGCAAAUGCAAAGAAAUCGCAGAGGAGCUGUUCAGCCGGUCACUGGCUGAGAGUGAGCUCCGCAGUGCGCCCUACGAGUUCCCCGAGGAGAGCCCCAUCGAGCAGCUGGAGGAGCGACGGCAGCGGCUGGAGCGCCAGAUCAGCCAGGAUGUCAAGCUGGAGCCAGACAUCCUGCUUCGGGCCAAGCAAGACUUUCUGAAGACAGACAGUGACUCGGACUUACAGCUCUACAAGGAGCAGGCCGAGGGCCAGGGUGACCGGGGCCUGCGGGAACGAGAUGGGCUGUUGGAGCGAGAAUUCCAGCGGGUCACCAUCUCCGGGGAGGAGAAGUGUGGGGUGCCAUUCACAGACCUGCUGGACGCAGCCAAGAGCGUGGUGCGGGCCCUCUUCAUCCGGGAGAAGUACAUGGCCCUGUCCUUGCAGAGCUUCUGCCCCACCACCCGCCGGUACCUGCAGCAGCUGGCUGAGAAGCCUCUUGAGACCAGGAUCUAUGAGCAGUUCCCCGAGACCCCUGUGUCUGCUGAUGCCCCUGUGCACCCCCCUGUAUUGGAACAGCACCCAUAUGAGCACUGUGAACCGAGCACCAUGCCUGGGGACAUGGGCUACGGGCUGCGCAUGGUGCAGGGAGUGAUGCAUGUCUACCACCACAGGGAUCUCGGCGAGCAUUGCCCGGAGGUGGAGCUGCCAUACCCAGACCUGCAGGAGUUUGUGGCUGAUGUCAAUGUGUUGAUGGCCCUGAUUAUCAAUGGCCCCAUAAAGUCAUUCUGCUAUCGGCGGUUGCAGUAUCUAAGCUCCAAGUUCCAGAUGCAUGUGCUCCUCAACGAGAUGAAGGAGCUGGCCGCCCAGAAGAAGGUGCCCCACCGGGAUUUCUACAACAUCCGCAAGGUGGACACACACAUCCACGCCUCGUCCUGCAUGAACCAGAAGCACCUGCUGCGCUUCAUCAAGCGGGCAAUGAAGCGGCACCUGGAGGAGAUCGUGCACGUGGAGCAGGGCCGGGAGCAGACCCUUCGGGAGGUCUUCGAGAGCAUGAACCUCACUGCCUAUGACCUCAGUGUGGACACGCUGGACGUGCACGCGGACAGGAACACCUUCCAUCGCUUUGACAAGUUCAAUGCCAAGUACAACCCCAUUGGGGAGUCUGUCCUCCGGGAGAUCUUCAUCAAGACUGACAACAGAGUUUCUGGGAAGUACUUUGCUCACAUCAUCAAGGAGGUGAUGUCCGACCUGGAGGAGAGCAAGUACCAGAACGCCGAGCUGCGGCUGUCCAUUUACGGGCGCUCGCGGGAUGAGUGGGACAAGCUGGCGCGCUGGGCCGUGAUGCAUCGUGUGCACUCACCCAAUGUGCGCUGGCUUGUGCAGGUGCCCCGCCUCUUUGACGUGUACCGGACCAAGGGCCAGCUGGCCAACUUCCAGGAGAUGCUGGAGAACAUCUUCAUGCCGCUCUUUGAGGUCACCGUGCACCCUGCCAGCCACCCAGAGCUGCACCUCUUCUUGAAGCAUGUGGACGGCUUUGACAGCGUGGAUGACGAGUCCAAGCCUGAGAACCAUGUCUUCAACCUGGAGAGCCCGCUUCCUGAGGCGUGGGUGGAGGAGGACAACCCACCGUACGCCUACUACCUGUAUUACACCUUCGCCAACAUGGCUGUGCUGAACCACCUGCGCAGACAAAGGGGUUUCCACACGUUUGUGCUGAGGCCGCAUUGCGGGGAGGCUGGGCCCAUCCACCACCUGGUGUCGGCCUUCAUGCUGGCUGAGAACAUCUCCCACGGAUUACUGCUGCGCAAGGCCCCAGUCCUGCAGUAUCUGUAUUACCUGGCCCAGAUUGGCAUCGCCAUGUCUCCACUCAGCAACAACAGUCUCUUCCUCAGCUACCAUCGGAACCCACUCCCUGAGUACCUGUCUCGUGGUCUCAUGGUCUCGCUUUCCACUGAUGACCCCCUCCAAUUUCACUUCACUAAGGAGCCACUGAUGGAAGAGUACAGCAUUGCUACCCAGGUGUGGAAGCUCAGCUCCUGCGACAUGUGUGAACUGGCCCGAAACAGCGUGCUCAUGAGUGGCUUCUCCCACAAGGUAAAGAGUCACUGGCUAGGACCCAAUUACACCAAGGAGGGCCCUGAGGGCAAUGACAUCCGCCGCACCAACGUGCCGGACAUCCGAGUGGGCUACCGCUAUGAAACGCUGUGCCAGGAGCUGGCCCUCAUCACGCAGGCGAUCCAGAGUGAGAUGCUGGAGACCAUCCCGGAGGAGACAGGCCUUACCAUCAGCCCCGGGCCUCAGUGA